CAUGAGAGGGCAGGUGGUGAAGCAGUAAUGGUGCUGGUAGAGUUUUGCAUGUGUGUCUGGAAUAAACAAAUCCAGUCAGCAUUCUGCUAACUGCAGCAGAUGUAACUAGGAUCUUAUUUAACCCUUCAGCUAUGAUUCUGGUGUAAUCAAGUUUUGUUUCUGUAACAAGACCGCAGCCUAAAGUUAGUGUGAUAUUAAUGCUACUUUUCCUUGGCUAGAGUCAUGAUUAUCAUAUUCAACUUUCCACAUUUUUAUCUCAAUGUACUGACUCGAAGUCAGUAUGCUAGGAAAGCUAGGGACUUGGUUGACUGGCAGUAAUUCAGUAGAGGAAAACAUGAUAGAAUUGUGCAUAAUCAUUUUGAGAGAGAUUAAUUUUCCAUAUUUAAAUGCACAUCUAGGAAAAACAUUGUGCUAACAGCUAGGGUAUACUCAGCCUCUCAGAGGCACCUCAUUUCUUAAAAUGCCCUAACCAAAUUGUAGAAAUGUUCAUGGCUCAUAACUUUUUUCUUUUUAAAAAAAUUAGGACUUCUACACAUGCGCAUGAAGUUCAUAUUCAGUUGUGUUCAUGCUGUUAAUUGAAAGGCUGGGGAAGGAAAAAGGGAAACAGGACACAUGAUACUUGGAGCUGAUGAGCUGACUAAGUAUAAAGUCACGGUAGCAGGAAAGUAAUCAACUAGCUAGCUACAGACAUUGCUGAUGUCAGGCAAAAAGUGUAUUUUGCCCUCUGACGCUUAAGUCUGUUCUUGCUCUGUGUUACUCAUGCAUGUUAUUCAUCAUUAAAUAAUGUUAUCCAUUAUUUGGUUUUAGUGAUAAAACCAGUAAUGUAGAAGGCAAAGUAGUUACCAGUGCUGUUUUCUUUCAGAAGAGCAGUACAGUUAUCUAGGUGACUUGGUCUCUUUCCGCUAUGUUAGUCAGUCUUGUGUUGCAGACUGGUAAUGUUGGAAAUGUUAUGUAGCAUUCUUAAGCUUCAAAAAAUUAACAGGAGCAGUUGGGCACAGAGAUCUGCAUUGUAUUCCAGGUGCUAAUAUUAUUAGGUUUAAGUGGUUUUUACCCUUUAAACUACAAAAGUGGCACUAAAUGAGUAGUCUGAAGGAGAAGGCAGUUUCUGAGUUUAAAGAAAUUGCCUUGUCAUCAAAACUGAACUUAACUGUUGCUGUUGAGAUGAAAUCAGCUACCAGCUGUGUGGAAUGGUUAAGUUUGUUUUGUUUAAGUGUUUGUUUCUUUUGUUGAUUUCUCUGUCUUUUUGAGUUGGUUAAAUGUCUUGUCUUUGACAGCAUUUAAAAAGGGGAGCUGGUCCUAUCAGGUGCAUCUUAAGGUUAAUGUAGACUUUCUCCCAGGUCCAGCCCAUUCAGUAGUGACCUUUGAUGGGUAUGCUUACUCAGUGUUUUAAGGUUACCUUUAUUGAACCUUUGGUAAGGGUUGAUUUUUAUUCCUGCAAUGCCAGAUGAAGAAACACUAGGCUGGUGUUAGCCUACUUGACUUGUGACAAAUGAGUAGAAUUCUUGUAGCUUAGGGAGAGUUUCAUGGUUUUGCCCUCAGAAGUUGCUUUGGUUAGAAGACAAAUUAGUAAGCUGAGUGUAUUUUUGGUGAGUCUAAAUUCACUGCUUUUAGAAAACUUGUGAUGAUUACAGUGUUACAAAAAACAGUGAUUACCAAUUUUUUUCAGUAUUUCAUCUGUGUUUCUGAGUAAGGAAAGCUGGAAGUCCAGAUAAGCAACUCCAGUUUGUUUGUUCUACUGGAGUAAGAUAAAAAUACGUAGUAUGAAAAAGGUCAAUUAACCGAUCAUGAAUUAAAAAUUAAAUGGACUUUUGAGAAAUUAAAACUUUGCGUUAAGUACAUGUUGUUAAUACACAGUCAACUCCAGAGAGAAUAUCUUCAGAAGUACCACUCCCUUAGUUCUUUUAGAAGGGCAACUUUAAUAUGUGCGCUCAUUUUUCUUCUGAACUAUUUCUUUUGCACUGCUGGGAAAUCUCGUUGGACAAAUUGAAUCUUCUCUGAUAUACAAUAAAAUAGCGUGUGGUCCUGUUAGAUGUAUGCUGGAAGAAAAAGUUGCAUCCAAUAAUUACGAUAAGAGCUACUUCUAACAAUAAGUACUGUAUCUCUUUAAAAGAAGUGAGAAGGGAAGAGCUUCUGUUUUUGGAAGAGCUGUGCCCCUGAAAAAGAUGUAGAACUGUGCUGAAUAUUCAUGAUGGGUUUGAGUACCUGUUCACUGUAUACAGAAGCUAAAUAAUAGAUUAAAUAGACUGUUUCCUUGCUUUCAUUCUGAAAACCUUGAAUGAUGUAUGUGGCACUAGUGUAUUGUACUGUCGUGUAUUUUCUGAGAUUUGGUUGGCAUGAUAGAAGCAUUCUAGUUAAUUAGACUGUUUUUUUCAAGUACAGAGGAGCUGUGAAAUUGUAGCUGUUUCUUAGAUGGUGGCUCUACAUAAGCCACCAAAUAUAAAUUAUGCACAAAUCCAUUCUGUCUUAAAUAUUGGAUAAGCUUUUUAUUACUUUUACAUCAGUGGUAGGCUUACAAAGUUUUUUCCUGUAUUCCACAUAACAUUCUGUGGUUAAUUUUUUUCUGGUUGUUGUUGUAAGUUGUUCUGGUGACUUGUCAUCUCCAUGUGACUAAAAUGUGGCUGAGAUGUCUGGCCUUCCUUCAAACAAUAUUCUAGAAUCAAGAAAACUAUUGAGAAAUCUGUGUUAAGAGAAUACAUAUUUUCUGGUUUUGGUGUGUUGUUAUGCUAUUUAUUACCACAUCACUUUUGAAGAUGCUUUGGAGUUAAAGCUAAUGCUUAAUUUCUGGUAAUGUUAUUUUGAAAGCUGAAUAUUUUGAAGGAUUUGCAAUAUAAUAAGCAUCUAUCUUAAUUACUGAGAUCAAACAAAGAUAGAAAUAUGAUGGCUGCACUAUCAACAUACAACUAAGAUGCCUCAGGUCAGUAUUAUUGUAAAUACCUAGUCUUAGGUUUACUUGGGGGGGGGGGGAAUGUCAUGCCAAGCUUCAGUAUAUAUUUUAAAACAGUGGAAUGUAUUGGAUCUGUAAUCUAUUAUUUUGGCUUUAAUUCAGUUUUAUAUGGCUGCUGGCUAUGCUUUCUUGUUUAGUUUGUGAAGUGCAAGCAGUGAAAAAGGCUACUGAUUAAGCUGGUAUUUAAACAGUAAUCUUUGUUUUUCAUCGCUUAGUGUAAUUAACAAACCGGGAUUUAUUUAUUUAUUUAACAAAAGAAUAAAAGUAGACUGGGUACAUCUAGGAAGUAAUUCUGCUUCUUGGUAGCUUUAAAUUUCUAUUCGGAAACAAAUGAGAUAAUCUUAAUUUAGUUUGCUUGAAUAAAAAAUGCUUUUAAAGCAUUUUUAUAUUACUUACCUAAUAAAUUAUAUGUCUUGUUUUUAGCUGGCUAUUAUAUAAAAAGCCUUUGGCUAAUUAAGCAUCUAAAAUAGCACAAAAUACACUGGCAUUUCAGUAAGAGUCGUUAGACAUUCAGGUCUUGUCUCUUUCUCCAAUAUGUAACAGGUCAAUUUUAUUGGUGGAUAGAGAAGGAUGAUGGCAGGCAAUAACCAGCUUUGCAUUCGGCGUUGGACUACCAAGAACGUGGCCAAGUGGCUGAAGGAAGAAGGCUUCUGUGAAUAUGUGGAUGUUUUGUGCAAUAGACACAGGCUAGAUGGAAUUACGCUGCUGACACUUACUGAGUAUGAUUUACGAUCCCCUCCUUUGGAAAUCAAAGUCCUGGGGGAUAUCAAAAGGCUAAUGUUGUCCAUACGCAAACUACAGAAGCAACAUAUUGAUGUCCUAGAAGAGCUGGGUUACAACAGUGAUAGUCAUGUUGGCACAGCAUGCCCAAGUGUUGGUUCACUACAGGGUACAGAUUGGUUUUGUAAUGGUGAAGUACCUCGGGACUAUGAUGGACCAAUUACUGACCUGAAUGGUGAUCAGUACCAAUAUGCAAAUGGAAAAAACAAACACUCUACUCGAAGACUGGACCCAGAGUAUUGGAAGACAGUUUUAAGUUGUGUGUAUGUCUUCAUAGUGUUUGGCUUUACAUCGUUCGUUAUGGUUAUCGUACAUGAGCGAGUACCUGACAUGCAAACAUAUCCACCUCUACCAGACAUAUUUCUAGAUAGUGUCCCUAGGAUACCAUGGGCUUUUGCUAUGACUGAAGUAUGUGGUGUAAUUCUUUGCUAUAUUUGGCUGUUGGUUCUUCUGCUUCACAAACACAGAUCUAUACUUCUGCGAAGGCUGUGCAGUCUCAUGGGGACAGUAUUCUUAUUACGUUGCGUUACAAUGUUUGUUACCUCACUCUCUGUGCCAGGCCAGCACUUGCAGUGUACUGGAAAGUUGUAUGGCAAUGUUUGGGCAAAACUCCAGCGGGCCUUUGCAAUAUGGAGUGGCUUUGGAAUGACUCUGACUGGAGUACAUACAUGUGGAGAUUAUAUGUUCAGUGGCCACACUGUCGUCCUGACCAUGCUCAACUUCUUUGUCACAGAAUAUACGCCAAGAAGCUGGAACUUCUUGCACACCUUGUCCUGGGUGCUGAAUCUCUUUGGAAUCUUCUUCAUUUUGGCUGCACAUGAACAUUAUUCUAUAGAUGUCUUCAUUGCCUUUUACAUCACUACAAGACUCUUUUUGUAUUACCAUACGUUGGCUAAUACUAGAGCAUAUCAGCAGAGUAGGAGAGCAAGGAUCUGGUUUCCAAUGUUCUCUUUUUUUGAAUGCAAUGUUAAUGGUACUGUUCCCAAUGAGUAUUGCUGGCCCUUUUCAAAACCUACUAUACUGAAAAGAUUGAUUGGCUGAAGAGUGUGGGUCAAUUCAGAUCUUUAUGAAUCGUUAUGACUAAGAUCCUACAAGGCUAGCUGAAGGGGGGAUGUAAAGUAAUGCUUUUCACUCCAUGAUCAUCUCCUCCUUGUCUUGUUUCUUAGAUUCUUAGCCAUAAAAUGGGGUUCCCAUACUUCACGGGGAUGUGUUUUGUUUUCUUGUUGCUAAAAUAGAAAACAGUGCAGGGGCCGGUAAAGGCUAUCAGUGAACCAUGAAUAUAAACCAGAAUAAUGUUACCCUUAGUAAAGUUCUAUGUGAAUGUUUAUGUAACUUUAACCUCAAAUACGUGCUUGUACUGAAUAUAAUAUACAAUUUACAGGUCCAAAUAAUCUCUGUUACCUGACAUGCCAGCCUUUACAUAUACUGACUAAAAAAUUAGAACUUUAUGAAGACUUUCUUUAACAACAGUCAUAAAUGUAAUUUUCAGAACAAAUUUUGUGUAUACUUAAAGAUUGAGGAGUACUGUGUCAUACUGAAGAAAGCAGUAUAGUUCCUUGCUAAAAGGGUCUCUUAACUGUUAAAUAUCAAGUCUUAAAGUAUAAUUGACAGUAUGAAUGGUCUGCACACAGGUUGCCAAAAAUGAAAGUCUGCCUUGUGGCUAUGCGGUGAUGAUGUUUUUUUUAAAGAGAGCUUAUUUAGUCUAGUCUAUCAGUUGUCUAUAUGGUUGUUCUAGCACUUGGAAGUUUUCCCUUUUGUGUUUAAAUAAAUGAGUUAAAGUAAAUGCUACACCCACUGAAAGUAAAGUUAAUUUAGCUUUAGUGAGUUUAAAGCCACAAAAUAACUUUUGUGUGGUUUUAAUUGCUUUAUACCCAAACCUGUGCAUGUUUUUUAGGAGCAGCUCUUUAACAUUGGAAAGACAGAACAGUUAUCUUCAUAUAAUCUUACUGUCCCAUAAAUGGAUGGGGAAAAUGCAUGUAGUGACUAUUUCAGGAAAAGUAAUAAUAGUGAGUAUUGGAAAUAGUGCUCAUAUUGAUGUAUGUUUUAGCACUCUGGUGUCAACAAUAUGGUGAGUAUCUCUGGAUAUAUAUACACAGUAUAUUUGUUUAUAUAUAUAUAUAUAAACACACACAGUAUACGUUCUUCUAACAAGUUUGAAAAGAGACUAGUUCUUAAAUUAAGUUGCUCGUUUACUGUACUGAAACAUAAAAGUACCAUAAGCAGUUGAGUUUUGGUUGUUAAAAAGAAAAAAAAACCCAACACACAACAAAACACCCCCCCAAAACCCCAAACCAACACUUUGAGUCCAUAAUGCAUAAGCAAGGGUCACACAGUUAGUGAUCUCUUACGGAGUGGUUUGUAAGGGGACAAUACUAAUGUUGGCUGUAGAGACUUGAAAUUAGAUUUAUGCUAAAUGAAAACUGAUAGGUAAAAGGUGCAAAUCUUAAAAAAUGGUAUAGACCUUUUAAUUUGGUUAAUGCAAUUUCAGAACAGGUGGUAUGUGCAAAAGCUAGCGUAAGUCAGCCUUGGAAAGUUAACACGAAGCAUUUCCAGCUUGGUACAAGCUGACUUAAUGGUCACAAUGUACUUAGAUUUGUAUGGAAAAGAAUCCCUUUGGAAUUUUGCAAGACAGUUUUGUAUUGGGAGGCUUGUAACCUACUGUGGGCUGCUCCUCACUGUAUUGUAUUCUUUUUAUAAACCUGGAUUGAACUAACUUGACUAUCUCUUCACCCUUUGUAGUAUAUUACUUUUGUAACUUCAUUUAGCUCCUAUUCCACAGAGGAAUUGUGCAUCUUAGAGUAUCUCUGCCAACUGUAUUGAGCACACACAUAUUGUACAAUUCUGCAGACUUUUAUAUUUAUAACAUUCCAAUUUUUUAGCAAAAUUGCAGGUUUAAUACUAUAUUGUUCAAUCUGCCAUAGCCUGAUGGUUCUUGCCAUCCAAAUUGGGGGAGUAUGCUUACCUUUAAGAAAAAGGGAAAAAUAUUCUGAAAGAUUUAAAGACUUUUCAUUUGCUGUUCUUACCUUUCGGAUUUCAGAAAGGCAAUUUGAACAUUCCUUCUUGAGACUUUAUAAUCAAAGAGCCCUAUUUGUUAAUUUAUAUUUGCCUUUGCAAUGCACACAGUUAUGAAUGCUAUUCUUUUAAACUCUAGAAAACAUCUCAGGAUGUGCAGGAUUGUAUUCUGAGUUAUAAUGUGGAGAGGUAUGCAAUUAAACUUGCAAAGCUGUUGAUUCUGAAAAGAACCAUGUCACUGCUAACUGUCAUAGCUGUGUCUAUACUGGGAAAUUAUUUUGCAACUUAGACCUGCAGGAGAAUUUUCAAGUACAGCCUAGUGUAACAAUGUUUACAUAAAGUAAAGCAAUCAUUUCAAUACUAUUUUUUUAACAAAUGAAGUUCAUAUACUUUGAAACAUAAGGCUUCUCUCUUUGUUCUAAUUUAAUUUUUCAAAUUCUGUUAAGUAAAUCCAUGGUUUAAAUCAGCAUUGCUUAUCAGUGUUUUUUAAAGGAAAAAAGUUCUUUUGUGCUGUUUCCCUUGAUGCUAUAUACCUGAGUCCAAGAUAAGUAAUAUACAGAGGUUGGGUUUGUGAGCAUUGAAGUGGGUUAAAACGUUGUCAGGAUAAUUGUCGUCCUCUAUUUUGGAAGUUCAUUUUGUCUGUCUAUAAACAUGCAAGAGGAAGGCUUGAAAAUGAUAGAAGAUAGAAAGAUUGAUGUCACCUGAAAAAGAGCACAGGUCAAUCUGUAAAGUUGGUAAUGUAACUUUAUUGUUAAUUAGGUGGAAACAAGUUGUGAGUAAGUGACAGGCUUAAAAUUCUGUACCUCCUUUUUAAAGAGUCAGUGUUUUAAAAGCAUUUUGCUGCUUCUCUGCUGUUGACAAGCACUUUUAAGUAAAGGCAGCAGAGCAUCAGGCCUUGGAUUUAAUGUUAAGUCUGUUUAGGGUUGUCCUUCUCUCUUAUGUUCAUGCACCAGUCUUUUUACUGUACUUUAACUUGCUGCACUUAUUUUGUGCCAAGUCCUCUUCUGUGGUCCAUGGGAAUGCACACAUAAUCUGAAUUCAGAGUAAUGAAUGAAUGACUGUGUUAUGUCAGCAAGUACAAGUGUCUAACAACAUUAGUCUACUACUACAAAGUGCACAAACUAAUAAAGUAGGAAAGUCUUAACUGAAUAACUCUGGAUAUACAAAAGAAGGGGAAGGAAGGUCACAUUUUUUUGGUAGCUUAACAAUUCCAGUAACGUUUGAGACUUGACAGUGGUCUUGAGCUCUUCCUUACUAUUAUCAGUUUGGGGAUAUGUAUGCCCAUAGGCACAAGUGGUAGACACAUAGGCAUUCCCCUCCUCUUUUUUUUUUUUGUUUUUUUGUUUUUGGGGUUUUUUUCUUGUUGUACCUUAUAACAUAGCUUCUUAUAAUAGCUUUCCUAAACUUUUUGCCUUUAGUUUUUCCUUUCUGGAAGAUCCCUUAAACUAGUGGGUUUAUGACAUUACACCUGCAUACGGAAAUCAAACUUUCAUAGAUGUGGGGUUUUUUUAGCAACUUCUGAUUACACUGACAAAAACUUAGGGAAGGAUCCUUAAGCAAGGUUCCUCCAGCUGUUCUUGAAUAAUGAUAGAGAAAGCUUCCAUAUACGCAAAUUAUCUUCAUGUACUCUGGCAAACAAGAUAACACUUAUACAAAGUGUUGGUACAGAAAUGUAGAGAAGCCUGAAGUAUUUAAAUGUCCGAGACUAGCAAGAAAUGGAUCCUCUAAGUAUACUAAUUGUGAUGAAGCAAAUGAUGUGCUUAACUUUUAAGCAAAUCACUAAAUCCUCUUCACUUCAGUGAGGGGUUACCAUUUUAGUUUAAGCGUUUUCUGGGAUAAGGCCAAGUGCAUGCUGUGCGUGGUAUACUGAUACAGUAAUGAGAACAGGUAAUGUCACUAUGUUUUUGGUUUUGCCUGAUAUCUGCCCCCACCCCACCCCGGCCCCCCCACUACUAUAGAAGGAAACAUUCCAGUAGAAUUUUAAAGAAAUUACUACUUAACUGGGUUCUGAGAGAAAAAAUCAGUACAAAAAAUGCAUUGAAAUAAAACCUCAAUACUUAUCUGCUUUAAGAAGAAAGAGUCAGUUAAA